GGACGGGUGCAGCUUUCGAGGAUGUCCUUCCGGGUGAAGGGGUUACGGCCCCUUUUUAAAGCACGUUGUGUGUGCUGCAGGCCAAACCCAAGUUUUGAGUUAGACCAUUUGGAGUUGUCAUGACGAUUUGAACUGGAUCGCAUCAAGCCGAUGCAGGACUGUGCCAUGAAGGUGCCCGUCGCUGUCGUCCGGCUGCCCCGUGGACCUGACGGCACGAGCCGUGGCUUCGACCCCAACUCCCCCCGCUUCCAGGCCCUUGGUCCCACCAGCCUCUCCUCUUCAACAGUCUCUGGGAACACCGCAGAUGUGGGGCGGGAGCAGCAGAGCCGCGUGGCACUGCGGGAGCGCUACCUGCGCAGCCUGCUGGCGAUGGCUGGGCGGCCCGUCGGCUUCACCAUGUACGAGAAGGUCAGCGUCACGGCCCUGUUCGGAGCUGCCGACAUCGACAUCCUGAACUUCCAGGUGUCUGAACUGGAGACUCCGCUGGGGGUGCAGAGAGAAGCCCUGCUUCGCUGCUCGGACAUCAUCGCCUACUCCUUUGAGCUCUGAGGGCCUCUUCUUUCUUUUCUUUUUUUAAGAAUAAAGCAUUUGUUGUGGGUAA